AUGCUCUUAAAUGGGUUCGAAACACUUGAAGGGUUUGGUUUCUGCGGCACUGUGCAUAACGAACGGUCCAUCCCCGAAGACCCGAAACAACGUCCUCAUCCGGAAAAUAAUAUCAGCUCACCGACGCCUCUAAUCAAACAGGUUACUCGGCUUCUUGACGAACUUCACCAAACUCUACGGACCGUCUAUAUCUUCCGCACUAUCUCUUCGGCUAGCGCCAUGUACUCUGUACAUAUUGUAUACGUUAGGCGAGCAGGAGCCUUGUCCUCUUCCUCUUCCUCGUCCCCUUUAUCUUCACCCACCAAUCCGGAUCCCAUCCCUUGCCUUUCCUAA